GUCACUACUUAUAAUUGGUUUGUGCGUGUUUGUGUUUUCUGCACCUUCAUCGAUUUGUAGCUUCGUCGCUCGGGCGAGAUCCUCGUCUGAUUGAGGAUGGCAUUUAGUUUGUUUCUAGCAGAUUGUUGGGAGGAUUAGCGCAGUGCAGACGGGUGGAGGAAGCAGCAGAGAGCGCCGGAGACGAGAAAGAAGGGGGAAUUGCUGUGGCGAUAGCGAUGGCGGUACGCACGCUGUGGAAACAAGUCAGAAAGAGGUCUGUAGGUGGCGUUGCACUCACUGCUGGAUUUGCCGCUUCGGCCAGUUUACCCGAGGUGGUGAUUGUAGCAGCGAAGCGUACUCCGGUGGGAUCGUUUCAAGGCUCCCUCGCUUCUCUAUCCGCGCCUGAGCUUGGAUCAAUUGCAAUUCGAGGUGCACUGGAAUCCGUCAAGCUGUCUCCAGAGCACGUCAACGAGGUGUUCAUGGGGAAUGUUUUGAGUUCAGGGGUAGGUCAAGCUCCGGCUCGCCAAGCCGCCUUGAAAGGCGGAUUAUUACCUGCUACCGUAUGCACUACUGUGAACAAAGUCUGCUCCUCCGGCAUGAAGGCGGUAAUGUUGGGGGCUCAAAGCAUAAUGCUAGGAAUCAACAACGUCGUGGUUGCUGGUGGAAUGGAAAGUAUGUCCAAUGCACCUUUCAUUUUGCCGCGAAAUCUUUCUUCCAAAAUGAUAGGUCACGUCCAACUGAGGGAUGCCAUGGUCGCUGACGGUCUUUGGGAUCCACACAAAGACAUUUCUAUGGGCAGUUGUGCAGAGUUAUGUGUAGACGAUCUCAGCAUUUCUCGUGAGGCACAGGAUGAUUAUGCAAUUACAAGUUAUGAGCGUGCAGCGGCUGCUCAAACUCUAGGAGUGAUGAAAAAUGAAAUUGUGCCCGUCACUAUUGUAGGCAAGAAAAUUGUCGUCGUAAACCAUGACGAGGAAUGUCUCAAGAGUAUUCCUUGGACUUUGCAGUUCGAUCCAGAGAAGCUGAAGAAGCUACGACCUGUCUUCAAGGAAGACGGCACAAUCACUGCAGGCAACUCAUCAAGCAUUAGUGAUGGUGCAGCUGUUUUACUUCUAACAUCUGCAGCCUUUGCACAUGACCAUAACCUUCAAAUCCUUGGGCGGAUUCGAGGUUUCGGAGAUGCUGAGCAGGAUCCAGAAAAGUUUCCGACAUCACCAUCUCUUGCGAUUCCCAAAGCACUAGAACAUGCAGGUCUGAAGAAGGAAGAUGUAGAUCUGUAUGAGAUCAACGAAGCAUUUUCGGUGGUGAGUUUAGCGAAUCAACAAUUGCUGGGUUUGAGAUCAGAUCAGUUGAAUAUUCAUGGAGGAGCUGUGUCAAUUGGACAUCCGAUAGGUGCAUCGGGUGCUCGGAUCAUCAUCUCUCUUCUCACUGGACUAGCAUUAAAAAAUCUCAAGAUUGGAGUUGCUUCAAUCUGCAACGGCGGUGGUGGCGCUUCUGCCAUAGUUAUCGAGCGAGUUCCUGAGUACCGCAUAUCUUUACACGGUCGUGGUGGGAACAAGUCCGAGAAGGACUGAAACUUCUGAUAAAUACUAUAAUGCAUUUCCUUCGUCAAUCCCGAUUUGUAGUCACCUCUAGUAGUGGAAUGUAUAUUAUUUUAUCUAACAUCAGUUAGCUGUGUGAUAGAGGAACCCCCGCUUCUUGUGUCAGUCCCCGAAUCAUUUACACUAGAGGGUGGCUGAAAGUUCCCGAGUGCUUCAGGUUACUGCUUUCAAACUUCAACUUCAAGCCACUUAUAAACUCCACGAAACAAUCCUGACAAAGCUGAGGGGUUACACUUACUAAUAUGAGAACGAUCUCUCGAUCCGAGAAUGUAGAUUUGGUUAGAGAGCUAGAGACACAUCUGAAGUACAAAGACAGGUACUCAAUGGAUGUGCAAAUAAUGUCAAGUGUAGUAGGCAGAGUGAAGGUUUAGCACUUUGCCGACAGCAAGGUAAUUUUUACUUUAUUAUAUGUCUCAAUAAAUAUCUCUCAUACGCUCCAAUCA